AGUCAAGGUGAUGCAUUUGAUUAUGAUAGUUGACUUGAAAUAUGAGGCCUGUGUGUUAAUCGGUUAGAGAAUGCAUGUUUAGCUAUUUGAGUACGUGUUUCUAUUUUUUCCCGGGUUUAAAGAGCCUAUAGGUGUUUCACGUCGAGAGACAAUUAUCAGUUGGUCAACUUCAUCAGCGGCAUAAAGCGCCCGCCUGUUGUUGGACUGGUGACACUACAGAGGCCGCACUCUGUUAUUAUUCCCGACCAUGUGGCUACAGUCACGACAUCUACCAGCCUAUCGGAAUUUCGACUCCUGUCGUUAACUCUGUGAAGGCAGCAUCUCAGUCACUGCUCCGUUGGCUGACAGUCUCGCCAUUCACCAACCAGCCCGCCCAGCAGCACCGAGAGCGGCAUGGCAACUAGCGAGGAGACGGGGGGAGAGAAGGCGCAAUGAGGUGUGGACAGUUGAACCGGACCAGAGAGAGAGAGCAGCAGCAGUAGCAGCAGCACUAUUUCCACUCCUCGCUGACUGGAUAAACGCGCCGUGUGGUACCUCGGCCAUUCAUCUCUCUCUCUCUCUCUCUCUCUCUCUCACACACACACACACACACACACACACACACACACACACAGACACACACACACACACACACACAGACACACACACUGAUGAAACGAUGCCCCGCCGCCGCCGCUCCGCACUGUCGCUGUCUCUGACCAGGUGUUGGACCAAAGAACAGGGACGUCGUUGACGUGACAGAAGAUAAACUUGUAUGUAUGUGCUGCGCGCCCUUCUCCCUGGUCCCGUACGCAGACGAUCGAGAAGAUGCUGAGCCGACUGAUGAGCAGCAGCAUCAGGAGUCUGGACAGGGAAUGCAACUGCACUGUGAGGCUGCUGGACGAUUCGGAGUACACCUGCACGAUUCAGCGGGAUGCCAAGGGACAGUACCUGUUUGACCUAAUUUGCCAUCAUCUCAACCUGCUGGAGAAAGACUACUUUGGCAUCAGAUAUGUUGACCCAGACAAGCAAAGGCACUGGUUGGAGUUUUCAAAGUCAAUUGCCAAACAAAUGAAAUCCCAGCCACCAUUCACUAUGUGUUUACGUGUCAAGUUUUACCCACCUGACCCUGCUGCUCUGAAAGAGGAAAUCACCAGAUAUCUCGUCUUCCUGCAGGUUAAGAGGGAUCUCUACCAUGGUCGCCUCCUGUGCAAGACAUCAGAUGCUGCUCUGUUGGCUGCCUACAUAUUACAAGCUGAAAUCGGUGACUACGACCCUGGGAAACACCCAGAGGGCUACAGCUCCAAGUUCCAGUUCUUCCCCAAACACUCAGAGAAGCUGGAGCGGCGGAUUGCUGAGAUCCACAAGACUGAGCUGAUAGGUCAGACUCCUGAAACGUCAGAGCUCAACUUCCUCCAGAAAGCUCAGAUGCUGGAGACAUAUGGAGUGGACCCUCAUCCAUGCAAGGAUGUGUCCGGCAACCCAGCUUUUCUGGCUUUCACUCCUUUUGGAUUCACUGUGCUGCAAGGAAACAGGAGGGUCCAUUUCCUCAAAUGGGAGGAGGUGACCAAACUCAAGUUUGAAGCAAAGACAUUCCAUAUAUAUGCAAAUCAGAAGGAGGAUAAGAAAAUCAUACUGACUUACUUUGCACCUACACCUGAGGCCUGUAAGCAUCUGUGGAAGUGUGGAGUCGAGAAUCAGGCCUUCUACAAGUUAGAGAAGUCGAGUCAAGUCCGCACUGUGUCCAGUAGUAAUCUCUUCUUCAAGGGUAGUCGCUUUAGAUACAGCGGAAAAGUUGCAAAGGAAGUCAUGGAACAAAGUGCCAAAAUUAAAAGAGACCCCCCUGAGAUCCACAGGGCUGGCAUGGUGCCAAGUAGGAGCUGUCCAUCCAUCACCCACGGCCCUCGUUUGACCAGCGUGCCCAGGACCCGGCGAAGAGCUGUGCACAUCUCUAUCAUGGAAGGUCUGGAGUCCCUUCGAGACAGCGCCCACUCCACGCCUGUGCGCUCGGUCUCCCAUGGCGACUGCUUUAUGCCUUCCCGGGGCCAGAUGGUGGACGGCAGCGAGGCAAGUACAUCAGCAGUCAUCUCGGACGAGGCCUACAGCCCUUCAGACAGCGUGCUGCCCACACCCGUGGCAGAACAUGGCCAUGAGAUGCCUUUGGCUCGCCACCUCAAUGGCUCUACUUGCAGCGCCGAUGACGACAAGGAGUCAGAGGCGGGGACAUCGAAGGAGGGGCAGGCGGCAGAGUUCAGGCCCGGCAGGAGAGCGCUGCGAAUGGUCAGGAGCAGGCCGUCACCACCAAGUGAUGUGGAGGAGCUGAACAAGUUCGUCCUGAGCGUGUUGCGUCUGUUCCUCGUUACCAUCGGACUGCUGUUCGCCCUGCUGCUGCUCCUCAUCAUGCUGACAGAGUCAGACCUGGACAUUGCCUUCCUGAGAGACAUCCGCAAGACACCUGAAUUCCAGCAGUUCCACUUUGAAUACUUCUGCCCUCUGCGGCGCUGGUUCGCCUGUAAGUUACGAUGGAUGGGAGGUUUCCUCAUCAGCAAGUGAGGCGAGGGGAGAGGUGCAGAGACUGAAUGACACAACGCAGGUCUCCACUGAUGGAGACGGGACACAUACAACAGACAGACAGGAGAGAGGGUGAGAGGAGGGAAAAGGAAUAAGACGGAAAAGGAAAAAGAUUGUAGCCCUGUUCCCAAUAUGGACUCAGCUUCUCCCAGGAAGAAGUUCCUGUCACAAGCCACGGACUGUCCCCUGAAUAGCCUUGUUUAUAAUGUUUGACCAUCACUGCGAGGAAAGAAAAUCACAUUUUACUUUGGAAAUUAUUAUUAUUUUUUACACAAAAUCACAGCAACAGGGUUUAAUUUAAACACUGAAAGGGACACGCCAGUCUGACAGACUUCACCUAUUCAACCACCGAUAAUAGUUGCCUUUAUUUUUGUAUUAAUUUAUAUGUUAUAACAUUACAGUAAGACAGAGCGACUUGAUGUGUCGGGGUGUGUGUUGUGCGACCUGAGAGUCUGCGUAACGUUUUGAAGAAGAAGACGAGGAGAUGGGGGGCAGUCUAGCUCAUCUAAUCUUCUCAUUUCAAAGCCAACAACAUCAUUCUCGAUGAUUAAAUGUUAUUAUAGUCGCUGCUAUGAGACUGAUAACUGCUGUUUGGAGUUGUAACGGUAUCUGGGGGCGUUAGAGAAAGUGUGAAAAGGAAAACUAAGCAGCACUUACCGAAUGUAGAUCGGUCCUGAGUAAAAUAAUAUUUGCAAAUAUUAUAUUCUGUUCCAUACAGUUUUUAGGCAGAUAUGUGGAAUUUGUCGUGUAUCACAAAGAGAAUUUAGCACACUUUAAGUAACUGACAACUCCCCUGAAUUCUCCUGAUGUGGUAUGCAACCACACAUCUGGCAUAUUGAAUUUAAACAAGUGCUAAGUAUUAGUUGCAAUAGCUGUUUGACCCAGGAGUGAUGUCGGUGCUGCCCUGUUAGAAGCCUUGAAUGAUUUUUUGUAAUAAGUGUGACUUAGUUUGUGGUCAGACGUGCGUCAACAUUGUGCUCACGUUACAAUUUUUUUUGUCCAGAGCACCAAUAAAGGUUCAUCGUCCCACGACUAUAAAUGAAGCUUUUGUAAGGGAUGUGAGUAAGUAAUGCAGGUGGUAAGUUUGCUGAUUUUAUUAAACAGCAGCCAAAUAAUGCUAAUAACUACGAUCAACUUCUUUGUGUAAGGAACAGUUGUCACUUUGCUGUAGUUACUUUUACGGUAGUUGAAAAAGUGAUGGGACUGUGUGAGCUAGCGCUGUAGUGAUAGUGAAGUGUUUGGUUAGCUCUUUGACUCCCACACUCUGUAGAAGGAGCUUAUCUUGAUGUGCAAUACUGUUAAUAUAAAAAAAAACUCAAGAUCCUCUCCAUGAUGGGAAAUUUGACCUUGUUUUACCUUUGUAAAGUGCAAAAAUGAGUGCUCCCCCCCCACAGUAUACAGUUAAGAGAGCUAAUGUACUUGUUUUUUGUUUGUUUGUUUGUUUUGUAUUUUGUUCAAGACCCAUGUUCCAUUUUUUGUUUAGCCCUGCUGUGUUCAAAUUCAUGUGCUUAUCUGUAAAAGCUGAAUAUAUUUGAAUCAUGUCAUGUUUCCAUUUUUGUACAAACUGAUGUCUGGUCAGCACAUGGAGAUUUCCUCACAGUGACUUUUAAUGGACUUGAAGCAUUAUUUUUUACAGUGAUUACAUGGUUUUCAGCCCCACGCUUGCUUCCAAGAGAGCCUAAGAUAAGUCAUGUUUACGUCCUACUGCAGUCUUCAUCAUCGCACCUACCAAAGAAAACCUCUGUUGUCUGAUAUUUCUGUCAGUUUGCGUCAACAGAUGGAAACUCUGAUAGUCUGCUGUGCUUCUCCAGCCUUAUGUUCUUUCACAGGUUAGCCUACAGCCCAGAGUAACCAACAGCAACAUUACAAACCAUAGACCGUUUGUGACAGUCAACUCGACCAGCCUACAAGUGGUUCAUUAGGAUGUGCAGUAUGUAGGUGUAUAUGCUGUGUGCCAGUGGUAACUCUAGGCUGAUCAGCAGGUGUACAACAUUAUACCUAAAAAAAAACAAAAACAAAAAACACAUAUGGAUGUAUUAUUUAUGCAACAAGAGGAAUGGUUUAGGAUCGUGAUUGGCUGAGGGGUUCAGGAGGGGCAGUUUGGAAAGUUACUGUAUUAAUGUUCAAAUCUCUCCCACAAACUUCCACAAGUUGAAAGUUAAUAUGAAAAUUGUGCUUUGAGAAUCCCUCUAGUAUUAAAUACCAGGCUUUAAAUGUUGAUGUUAUUUUUGUACAGUACUGAUAUUUUCAAAUUCAGCAAUGGUGAAAUGACCAGAGGUCAUUCUUUUUUCCUUUUAGUGCAGAGUUGGAUGAGUUAGAGUUAACAGGAAUAUCGACUAAUAUAUUUAUAUUCAAUAGAAAAAACAUAUUUUGCGGUUGAUUGUCAGAUAAAUUACUGAUGUAUUUGCUUUAAUUCAGAUGGUGCUCAGUGGUUUUUGAUUGAUGUGUUAGGUGAAAGGUACCAGUUGAGGCUGAAAAUUUGCUUUUUACCUCCUAUAAUUUGUACUUUAAAGUCUCAUUUUAUGUUCAUGCGUAUGAAUAAAAUAUACAUAAUUUGAGCAAUAAAUAUUACAGAUAACAUAAUGAAUACUAAUAACCAUGAAUUGCAAAACUAAUGUUCGUCUCUGUCUGCUAGACAUGAAAAAUGUCUUUUGAGUCCUCUCAGAAGGUAAAACAGCCUGUAGAUGCAUGUGUGAAGGGAAUGGUGUCCACUGUUCCUGAUUAGCCACUGUGGCAGGUAAUGCAGAUACUUCUCCAAGAUAUCUGUUGUCCAAAAAGAAAAAAAAAAAAAAGUUUUCAUGUAAACCCCGUUUGAUUGUUGCCUAAUCCUAGACUGCUCUUCUCUGACUCAUUUUAUAGACACAGAUACAAUGAAAGUACAUGUAAAUGAACUGAACACCUGACAGUAGACCCAUUUUCACUUGACUUUGGAACAGCUUUUACUACAAUGAAAGCGGACAGUUUGUAUUUUUAGCCAAUUAAAAACAGCAGAAGUAGCAUACUCAACUACCUGAAUCUUUCUUUGUGCAAUGCUGUUCAAUAUUUUUUCUGUAUUGCUAACAUCUGUUUCAGAUCACUUGGACCGGCACAUCGAUAAAGAGGGGUGACAGUUCCACUGACAGGCAACUUUUGUUGCUUUUUGUUUUCUUGAAGUAUGUAAACAGGAAAUAAAGCCUCAGAUGUGGUCUUAC